AUGUCCAGCUGGUACACCUGGUACUCCUUCCCGGUCCUGACGGCCAGAGUGACCAUGGCCAGAGCCACAGACGCACUGAGAAGGACCUCAGCCUCCUCAAAAGGACCUCAGCCUCCUCAAAAGGACCUCAGCCUCCUCAGAAGGACCUCAGCCUCCUCAGAAGGACCUCAGCCUCCUCAGAAGGACCUGAGCCUCCUCAGAAGGACCUCAGCCUCCUCAGAAGGACCUCAGCCUCCUCAGAAGGACCUCAGCCUCCUCAGAAGGACCUCAGCCUCCUCAGAAGGACCUCAGCCUCCUCAGAAGGACCUCAGCCUCCUCAGAAGGACCUCAGCCUCCUCAGAAGGACCUCAGCCUCCUCAGAAGGACCUCAGCCUCCUCAAAAGGACCUCAGCCUCCUCAGAAGGACCUCAGCCUCCUCAGAAGGACCUCAGCCUCCUCAGAAGGACCUCAGCCUCCUCAGAAGGACCUCAGCCUCCUCAGAAGGACCUCAGCCUCCUCAGAAGGACCUCAGCCCCCUCAGAAGGACCUCAGCCUCCUCAGAAGGACCUCAGCCUCCUCAGAAGGACCUCAGCCUCCUCAGAAGGAUCUCAGCCUCCUCAGAAGGACCUCAGCCUCCUCAGAAGGACCUCAGCCUCCUCAGAAGGAUCUCAGCCUCCUCAGAAGGACCUCAGCCUCCUCAGAAGGACCUCAGUCUCCUCAGAAGGACUUCAGCCUCCUCAGAAGGACCUCAGUCUCCUCAGAAGGACUUCAGCCUCCUCAGAAGGACCUCAGUCUCCUCAGAAGGACCUCAGCCUCCUCAGAAGGACCUCAGCCUCCUCAGAAGGACCUCAGUCUCCUCAGAAGGACUUCAGCCUCCUCAGAAGGACCUCAGCCUCCUCAGAAGGAUCUCAGCCUCCUCAGAAGGACCUGAGCCUCCUCCGAGCAGCACUCUCGCCUCUCAGCAAAAAGGUUUCCUCCGGGUACUCCGGUUUCCCUUACCACUUACUGGUGUUAGCAAAGGCACCAUCUCCUUGGUCUUACUGGUGUUAG